AUGGACAACUGGAGAGUAGCUGUGCUAGGCGACGGCGGUGUGGGCAAAACAGCGCUAGCUGUCCAGUUUACCCUCAACUCUUUCGUUGAGACAUACGAUCCCACGAUUGAAGACGCGUACCGGAAGCAGUUGGUGGUAGACAAUAGGAUGUGUUUUGUAGAGGUCAUCGACACCGCUGGACAGGAGGAAUACGCCACGUUGCGUGAUCAGUGGGUCCGAGAGGGGCAAGGAUUUAUCUUAGUUUAUUCCGUCACCUCUCGGUCGACAUUCAAUCGGCUUGAGGUUUUCCGCCAGUCCAUGUGCCGAGUCAAGCGGGGUGACCCCGCGUUCAUCCUUGUGGGCAACAAGUGUGACAAGACCUAUGAGCGAGAGGUGUCAAAGGAGGAAGGUGCCGCAAUGGCGCGGCGCUUUGGCUGUGAAUUCAUUGAGACCUCAGCCAAGACAACGCAGAAUGUAGAGCGCCUCUUCAUGAACCUUGUUCGUGCACUACGACAACCUGGGGGCUCAGUGCCCACCAAAACAAAAGAGAAGAGGCAGGGCAAGUGUAUCAUCAUGUAG